AGGAAGGCAGGAGGGGUCGUGGAGGGGAUGGAGAAUGUGUGGCGGAGCGCAAGGUACAGGGGUGCAGGGACCUUGGUCACAUGCCUUACCCUCCUUUGCGGAGCGCAGCCGGCGUGUAGCCGUUCUGCCUCGCAGUUACCGUUGUCUAGCAUAUCCCGACUGACACGGCAUGAAGUUUGAAAACGUCCAGUCAACUAUACUAUGGUGUCGAAAUAGGUGAUUGAUUAUGAACGUUUCGGCCGUGGCGUUGUGAAGGCCGUGGGCAUCAUUGACUGGCGUGAAAGAAGUCGAAGGAUACCGCUUGCGUCUGCUUCCGGCGCUGAACAGGCUGCCAAUAGCACAUUUUUGGUAAAAUGAUUAAAGCGAAGUGCACGUGGAAAGUUCAAGGCGACCGUCCUGUGUCUGACGCAAUUGUAUACUUCGAAGACAAUGAAAAGUAAGUUCGACUGCUGUGCAUCGUCCACUACAUUCCCUCGCUUUCGGCCCUGUGUGCGUGUCAUCUGCUGUGAAGCAAAGCAAGUGUUAUUAAAGAUGGAAUCAUUGACCUUGAAGAUGCAAUUUCUGCUGAAAAUUGUGUCCAACUGGAAGCACCAGUAGAUGAUGAUGUCACUGGUAACUACAUUGUCCCAGCCUGUCAAGUCUUCUUGUUCUGUGGUGAGACACAUCAGAUGAGCAGUGUCUCUAUUCUGUCUGAGGCAAGGGUCAUAGAAGUCUAUGGUUACCAUGGAGAAUACUUAAGCACGCUGAAAAAUGAACUUAUGGAGGAAGUGGAUGGCAUGUCUGUAUUUCGAGGUGACCUUAACCUUACAAGACCUUUGAAAGAAUGCUGCUUGAAAUUCAUCCCUUUGAAGUCUAAAGAUUCGAUGUGGCUGUAUGGAAUCAAAGUGGUGGUUCAGGAAAAGCCAAGGCCAGAUACAUUACAGUUGUUUCCAACUUCAAUGCCUCUAAAAGAUGUUGAAGAGAGGCUAGAAGCUUCAGGGGCACAGCUGAGUGAGAAAGCCGAGAGCCUUAAGCGAAUGAUGGAACUAUUUCAGGGAACCACUGGUAUGCUCUCUGCAGCUGCGAUGUCGCCUGUUUUUGCUGGCUUUUCAUCAUUAUCACGUGGAGCACCGCAGCAAGUUCCAGAUGGCAUGGCACAGUUUUACAACCUGUUUCAAAAUGCUGGUCUGAAAUCACAAAUGCAUCCAACACCUGCAAAGCAAGCACCCAAGCCUCCACUUGCUGCUGAGUCAGCUAGAGAGGCUGUGCUGCCAACGCCAAGUGGCACAGGAGCUGUUGAGACUGGCCAGGAUGGGCUUCUUGCAGGCAUACUCAAGCUUCUGGAAAAUCACACAGCCAAGCAACAACCUCAGUAUGAACCUCUACCACAGGCUGUAGCAAAGGCUAAAGUAAGCGGAUCAGAGUCAGCAUCCUUGGACAAGGAAUUUAUCCUGGAGCUCCUUGAAAAAUCUGGUGUUUUGAACAAGGAAACGGCCACUGUACUUCUUGCAGAAAUCAUUCAGAAAACUGGAGCCACAGUACAGCUAAACCAGCCACACGGAGAUGCUGAAAAAAACUCUACCAAUGCUCCUGCUGAAGAUGUCACAGCAGGACAACCUAAUAAUGCAGCUGAGAAGAAAAUACUCGAGACGACAUCAAGGGCAACUGGAACUGAUAACAAGCCAUCCAAGGAGACUGGUUCACAGACUGAUCAGCCUGAACCUGUGCCAACAGCCAACCAAGAACCACAGCUGGUACCAGCGCCACUAACAAUGGAAGCUCUUCAAAUGCAGAGGGAGGAAACGCGUGAUGUGGUUGGAGCUUUGUUUCAAGGUCUGCAAGAUCAGCUACUGAAUCUAGUCGACCGACGCUUUGAAGAACUGAAAGUUGAAAUGGUCGAAAAACUGGACGGGAAAAUUCAAGAAAUGGAAGAGCGUAUAAAUGCACGCUUUGAUGCCAUCAUAGAUGCUCUUCAGGGUCAAGAGGAUGAGGAAGAAAUAUUUGAACAACCUGAGGAAGGCUCUGUUUGAGAACGCUGCUUCAGUGCGCGCUUCUAUGUCGCUGUGUGCGAGGAUCAGAACUGCUUUAUUUAUUGCUGUUUGUUGGUGUUGUGGGAUGUCCACUGUUGUACAAAAGGCUUCGUUUAAGCAGCUCGCCGAACUAGCAUGAUGAAGUUUAUUCAAAACACGCUUGGUAGUUUACCCGCCUUCUGUAUGCACCGCCAACUUCGCACGUUCUCGCAUUUUGGUCGUCUCCUUGGUGUUGUGUAUUACGUUUGCUGAUGAUGGCGUGCCAACCUCUAGCAGUGCAACGUUUUCGGGUAAUUAAAUUACUCAACGCGACAGUGUUAAGAGCCCCGUGUUGCCGAAAAUCUGGUGCCGGCGUCCGUUGGAGAAAAAUCAGCCCGAACUAUGCAGGCCCUCCGCGUGGAGCGUAGGCGUUACUGAACUAAAUGAAUUUCUCAAAGUAAAAUGCGUCAGAAAAUUCGCAACGUAUGACUUACACACAACAUUCAGACAUGAUAGCGUCGGAUUGUAAUUUGAAUAUACGAGAAAAUAUAUUCUGUUACGCGGAAACUCAAACGCAAACCCUUUUCCCAGCUGCCGUUUGAGGUCUGUUUUAGGGGGAGCGGCGCGCCCCGCUUGGUUUCUAGCAAUACCAUCCAAAAGGCGCUCGCAUCCGCCGCAUCGGCGGAUCCCGCUGUACGGGCGAAAGAAAGAAAACAGCCAGAAAGCUCUCCUUCCUGCAUAACGUUCGCCGCCAGCGUUUGCGUGUAAACAUUACGGUUACAUCAGCUGCAGUUGCCGGGAAGUGUGAGAAGCAGUCAGAGAUCUUUCAAUGCUAUCGCGUUCCACUCUUAAAGGCGAAGCUUAAGCGUCCUCCAAGUUCUUGUAACAAGGUAGCACUAAAAUUUCACCUUAUUCUACUAUAUUCGCCUGGCGCUGGAGGCACAUCAUGUUGGUCGGGUCGUGCUACCUCUCUGAACGUCUCUGACCUGUACACUUAUGGCGUUUUCGAGUGGACGAGGAGGAGCGUCUUUUCAUUGAGCAGACUCAGUCGACUGCCUAGUCAAUUAACUCAAUUACUGCUAACAGUAGGUAUGAGCCCCCCGACGUUUAAAUGUGCUUAAAAACUACCAGUUGAUUUAGGGAACACUUUGUAAGGCGGUCAUACGCUGUUCUGGAACCACAAGCGACAACGCACAUGUACACGGUCAUGAUUCUGUUCAACAACGCACAUCGUACACGGUCAUGAUUCUGUUCGAGCUUCGGCACGAUCUUAUGCCUGGUGUUUUCACGCGGCCUUUUCCUUUACUUGGUUGUUAGGUUAAAAAAACGGGAGGGGAGAGUGAAGCAGUAUCGAGAUUUAUGAUCACUAUUCGAAUUUACUCUAGUAUCAUAUAGCACUAUCAGCGAUUCCUUUUGUGUGUGUUCCGUUGCCGCGGUUCUUAGCUGGAGUUGCCUGUCUAUUGUGAACAAUGUGCCUUCGGGACAAACAAUACAAGAAGCUUUACAACAAUGUGAAGAUUAUAUCGUUUGUGCAAGCUGUUGCUUUGAAAAAAAAAAUCAAACUGGACAUAUACGGAAGGAUGCAACUCAUGCACUCGCAUUUUAUCAUGUCAUCACGGCCAGUCUUCGAGUUCUUGAAGACAAUGGGUUUGUAGAUGCGUCUGUGCAUCGAUGGAAGUAUUGCACGAGUAAAUGUGCCUUAUUCUACCCUACUUUUUUUAUCCGUCGUGGCCUUAUUGCACUGGCAAAGUUUAAGCGCCAAACAAGAUUUCAUACGAUUUUACAAUCGCGCAAUAAAGUUUUUAGUUUUUUUUUAGCA